UGAAGUUGAUACCAGCUAAUGGCCACUCUCUUUAUCGUGGACAUCGAGAGGCACACAACCUCGUCCGAAUCAUACGAUUCGAGUGCGUUCUCUCUCUAUCUCUGAUUGCUGAGAGGGAAAACAAGUGUGAUUCUGCGUUGGAGUGGCUAGAAGUUGCGGGGAGAAAUGGGAAGGCUGUUUGUGAUCUCUCUUGAAGGAAGCAUCUAUAGCUGCAAGCACUGCCGGACACACCUCGCUCUUUCUGAUGACAUUAUUUCUAAGACUUUUCACUGCAAGCAUGGGAAGGCUUAUCUCUUUGAUAAUGUUGUGAAUGUCACAGUUGGAGAGAGAGAAGAGCGCUUGAUGAUUACUGGAAUGCACACUGUGGUUGACAUUUUUUGUGUUGGAUGUGGCUCGAUUGUGGGAUGGAAAUAUGAGGCUGCGCAUGAGAAAAGCCAGAAAUACAAGGAAGGAAAGUUUAUCCUUGAGAGGUUUAAGGUGUUGGGUCCUGAUGGAAGCAACUACUUGUCAGGUCAGGAAGCCCUUGUUGGUGGAAGUGAUGCUGAUGAGGUCUGACUAGCCAUUAAUUAAACAUGGAAAGUGAUUGAAUGUUUUAAUUGUACAUUCUCAGCACCCUCUGUUCUUGCUUGAGUUUAUGAUUGGUACUUCCACCGUCCUAGAACAAUUUUGCAGAUAGUAUUAAAACACUGCCGUUUCUCUUACUAAA